AUGCCUGAGGACCAAGCCAAAAGUCACGACGAGGCCAAUGAUCAUAUCGAGAACACCCAUGAUAUCUCCAAGACCGCUGAUGCCGCCGUUCUGAGUUCGGUUGCAGAAGAGAGAAGUUGUCUUCGCAGGCUCGAUCUUUGGCUUCUGCCCUUCAUCCUGUUCACGUACGCCCUGCAAUACACCGACAAGGUUAUCCUCAACGGAGCAUCGCAGUUCGGAAUUGUUCAAGACCUGCACCUGUAUGAGAUCAAAGGCUAUGAUCCAAAGACACACCAACCCGUUCAAGACUUACAUCGCUUCUCGCUGGCAACAUUGAUCUUUUAUUGGGGCUAUCUGGCUGGAGUUCUUCCAGCGGCCUUCCUCGCCCAAAAGCUUCUCUUGGGCAAGUUUCUCUCCGCCACGGUAGUCCUCUGGGGUGCCGUAACGAUGCUUACGGUCAUGGUAUCUUCGUACCCAGGCUUUAUGGUGCAGCGAUUCUUCCUUGGCGUCUGCGAGUCCGGCGCUGGACCAGGCCUCUCUUUGAUGAUCGCCAUGUUCUGGAAGCGGGAUGAACAGCCCCUACGAUAUGCCGUCUGGUAUGUUUCUAAUGGGAUCGGAGGCUUUGUGGGACCCAUGCUCGUCUACGGUAUUGGUCAUAUCCAUGGCGGUCUCCGUCCUUGGAAGUACCAGUACUUGAUUCUAGGUGCCGUCACCGUCGCUUGGGGAGUGCUGAUGGUCUUUAUACUCCCUGACAAUCCACGCUCAGCACGUUUCCUGAAACAGAGAGAAAGAGACGUGGCAGUCGCACGCAUACAGUCCGAGCAGCUGAGCGAGGAAAACAAGACGGUCAAGCUACACCAGAUCGUCGAAGCACUGAAAGACCCUAAGACCUGGUUGACAGUCAUGUCCACCUUUUGCAUACAUUUCGUUAAUGGAGCCGUGUCUGGAUUCGGAGCCAUCAUCGUUCGCAGCUUUGGCUACGGGCAGUUCAAGUCCGUCUUACUGACUGGUUGUGCUGGGCUCUACCUGCUGGUGAUGCUCAUCAUUGCCGGUAUCGCGGGAUCAUACAUCCGUCACUCCCGUACAUACAUCUGGUGUCUCGUUGAAGCACCGGUCAUCGUCGGCGCUGCGCUCAUAUGGAAUGUCUCCUGGACUUCAGAACGAUCAGCAGCACUGGCUGGGUUCUUCUUGCUCUCUACCUUUGCCCCGGCGUACACCAUGCUGCUAUCACUGGUGGGCUCAAACACGGGAGGGUACACGAAGAAGGUCUUCAUGAUGGGCCUCGUGUGGUCCGUAUACUGCAUUAGCAACGGAGUUGCUCCUCUCUUCGUCCAAACGACUGAAGCUGCGGAGCAAUAUCCAAGCAUGUUUAAAGCAGUCAUCGUUACGGCAUCAAUCUCUGUUUGCUGCCCGUUGCUUAUGAGGGUGUACCUCGUCCGCGAAAACAAGAAACGGGAUCAAAACUCUGGCCUUGCCUUUACGCACAGCAAUACUGCUGGAGACUUGACCGACAAGGAGAACCUGCAUUUCCGCUAUGCGCUAUAA